CAAGAUGUUGAGGCCAUACCAAUCUGCAAGGGGAAGUGAUCGAGCGAGACGCUGCAAUUCAGAGCUUCCGAGGUAGGUCCUGCUGCUGUCGAGUAUUGUUAUAAAGACAUGCCUCGCGACGCAGCAUUUACUCUCAUCAUUUAAUCUCUCCAUCAACUCUUCUUAUCCUUCAUCAUCCCACUGCGAUUUCCAUUCAUCACCAUGAAGUUCUCUUUACUCCUGACAUCAGCGGCUCUGACCUCUGCAGUCAUCGUCCAACCGCCGCUCGGAAAGUAUGGUGUCGCGUCUACUGCCAUGGAGCUCGUAGACACCUCGAGGAACGACACCUACGCUCCCAAGCCAGAGCAUCGACGUGUCAUGGUCUCUGCAUAUUACCCAGCUUCCUCUCUCAAGACCUGCCAGUUCGUCAAGGUUCCAUACAUGCCCCCAGCAACUGCUACCGCCUACGAUGAGAUGUAUGCAGCACUCAACAUUCCCAACGGCACUUUCGGCUCCUUUGAACUCUCUACCUGUGCUUUCAACCGCAAGGAUCGCAAGAUCAGAGCUGCCCAAUUUCCUGUCGUCCUCUUCUCACCUGGUCUUGGUAAUUCGCGACUCGAGUAUGGUGCCAUGGCCCAGUCAUUGGCUAGUAAUGGUUACGUGGUUAUUACCGUCGACCACGCCUACGAUGCGACAAUUGUCGAGUACCCUGACAAGUCUGUUGCGCUUUCUCUCGAUAUUGAGACCGAUGAGCAGAUAGAAGCGGAUUUGCUGGUCCGUCAACACGACAUCUCCUUUCUCAUCGAUCAGCUCCAGAGCCAAUGUGUCAGACAGAGUCUCUUCAACAAUAUCGCGGAUCCAAAGUCUUUGGAAAAGAUCCUCAUGCUCGGACACUCUCUCGGUGGCGCAACAGCAGCAGCAGUUAUGCAGACUGACCCUCGCAUCAUCGCUGGUGUAAACCUCGAUGGCAGCUUCUUCUCCUCGGUCAUGGACAAGGGUCUUUCCUCUCCCUUUAUGAUAAUGUCGCAUCAAGCCAAGAACCUGACCACCGAUCCCACCUGGUCACAAGCAUGGUCGAAAUUCAAUGGAACAAAGCUUGCGGUCACCUUGAAUGGUACCGAGCAUGGCACUUAUACCGACAUGCCUCUCCUGGCCAAUACUUUGGGAUUACAUGGCAAUGCAAGUGAAGGGCUUGCAGCGCUGUUGGGUACAAUGGAGGGCUUCAGAGCGAUGGAACUUGUCAAUGCUUUUGUUGGUCAAUUCUUUGGCUAUGUGCGUGGGCAGCAGAAGAGUCUGGUGCCGGCGGGCAUGACAAAGAACUUCCCCGAGGCAAUGGUUCUUGACAAGCAGAUCCGCAAGCAGAGACACUAAGGUGGUUGUGGCACACACAAGACUAGGUCUGGAAAGUGUAUCAUUCGAGACGUGGGAAGGUUUUAUUCAAGGUGUGCAAGUCGAUCAAGGAUAAAACAGGGCAGGCACAUAAUUAAAAAUAGUCAUAUGAUGUAUAGGGUAUAAAUCUUAUUCAGAUUGUU